GUGCGAGAGGAAACACCUCCGUUGGGAAAUAAUUCUAGGAAAUGAGCGUAAAGUCGCGCUCUACAACGGCUAUACGACGAACUUCAAAGGGGUAAUUGUCGCUUUUGUAAACGUAUCUCUCUUUCGUCGCCCGGUGGUUUUCCGUGUGUGCAAUUACCGAAAAAUGGCAGAAACGGAUUACCUUGUACAGUCGUCCGUAUAUAAUCGUUUAAAAUCGUCUAAUACGAUGGAUAACGCUCGAGAGAGUGGCGUUUAAGUUCAAAAACUUUCGGCUCGAAGUGACAGAAAGUUCUUGUUGAGCAAUUACCAUGACAAGUUGUCGAAGAUCGCCGCACUUGCGCGUUGAAAGCGACGUGUGACACAUUUUCCCACGAGAACCCACCGUUCAGUGGUUCAGUACGGCAUGUUUCAUCGGUGCGUCCGCAUCCACUGUUUUCGCAGCAUUGCAACGCAAUAGCGAUAGCGACACCAGCAGUCGGCAGCAUCUCGUGCGCAGCAUCCGCAACUGCGUGGUGUGAUACGUUCUCUCUCCCCCGCUUCCGUGCGCACGUGCGAAGUGCGUCUCGUCGGAAAACGUGUCUCUAUCGGGGAUGCGUCGAUUAGUGGUAAUAUAAAUCGAAUCCCGAUAUUAUUAUUCGCCUUGCCGCCGACACGUUUGGUGCAGGAAGUGUUGCGCGCUUGCUGGCCGAUGAAGGCGCGCAAAAGCCGCGACAAAAAAGGAGAGCUUGAAGAACUCGGGGGCGUUUUAGGGAGUUCCGGCGCCGCGGUCGCCUUUAGCGCGCGGCACAAACCGGAGGAACUCGCCACUCUCGCGGCUACCACCAAAUUCUCCCGGAAGGAGAUCCAGCUGAUCUACCGGGGUUUUAAGCAAGAAUGUCCGUCUGGAUUGGUCGACGAAGAGGGCUUCAAACAGAUCUUCUCGCAAUUCUUUCCGCAGGGAGACGCAAGUCAAUACGCACACUAUGUGUUCAACACCAUGAAGAGGAAACCAUCCGGCAAGAUAAGCUUCGAGGAAUUCCUCACUAUACUGUCGAAAGUGUCAAGAGGAUCGGUGGAGGAGAAAUUGCAAUGGGUGUUCGGACUUUACGAUUUGAACGGUGAUGGUCUGAUAAGCAAGGAAGAGAUGGUGGACGUUGUGGGUUCUAUCUACGAGUUGCUGGGACGUUACACGCAACCGCAAAUCGUCGAGCCGCACGCAGCCGCUCGCGAACACGUCGAUCGUAUCUUCCAUUUGAUGGACACAAAUAAGGACGGCGUGGUGACCAUCGAGGAACUGGUGCAAUGGUGUUCUAAGGACGAGCAAUUGUUACGCGGUUUCGACAAUCUGGAUACCGUAUUAUGAGAUUUUAUCGUUUUAUUGAAGAUUCCAGUAUCGGAUUAUUAAUAACUUCGCUUUGAGCAAUGACUAUAUAAGGCAAAGUACGAUAAAACUUUUUCCAUCCAUUUAUCUUCCAUUUUACACAAGAAACAAAAAAAAAAUUCUUCUUUGAACUAUUACGUAUAUGAACAAUUGAUUAAGUCAAGAGGAAAAAAAUCAGAAAAAAAAAGAGAAAAAUAUACUGAUACUUCUUUGCGAGAUGUGAUUAUAAUUUACAGGAUUGCAUCAGUAAAGUGCAAUCGUUUAAGGUGUCAUUUGCAGAAAGAGUAAAUCGAAUGUGACCAGCCGAGAUGUCAUUGCUCGAGAUGUGUCUUUGUAAGAAAAAAAAAGACACUGGACGACCCUUCCGCACGUGUCUUUUGUAAAUAUGUACGUACCUCGUUUAUCUACCGAGUCUUUCAUGUAGGAGAGUAUGGGGCACAUUGAUCACGACUUCGUCGUAAAGGCGGCAAUGAAUAUAUUUAUUUGUACAAUGCGAAACUGUAGGAGGUUUCUAACGUAUGCCGUUAAAUAUGAAUGAAUUUAUUCAGUGCCAAGAUUUGAAUUAAGGUAGAGUUGCAUCAAUGACGUGCAUCGUUGCGCAUCAGUGUGCCCCAUUUCUUUUACGCCAUUUCUGGUACGUCGCUGACGAUUUUGAGAAUCUACCUGUAAUAAUUCUCCCCUUCCCCCAGUUAUGUUUGUUCAAAUUUAGACUCGCGAGACCAAUAGAUUUCCCCUACCCUCUUUUUCACUAGACAAAAUGGAAACAAAGAAGAAUAGAGUCGUGAAUAUAUGAUAGCCGCUGUGUGGCAGCGGACGCAGUUGUCGCGAAUGAGGCUAAGAAGUCCUUUCGAUGAACUUGGACAGAAUUUAAGUAUUGUUUUUCACAAAAAAAAAAAAAACAGAAGAAUUGAAAGCAACAUCGAUACAAAUCGACACAACUUGAUGGCAGUCUGAUCAGUAAAAGUAAAAAAAAAAAAAAAAGUAAAAAAAAGUAAAAAAAAGAACGUGUAAUUUUUGAGAUCAAAAACUAAUAUUUCUCUCUUCUAAUUUUACAUAAUCUAUACUUAAUCAUUUUUGUUAUUUACUGUUUUCCGCAAAACUUAUUGCAAUAUUCUCCUAUAUUAUUGGAAAAAUUAUUAUUAAGAACCUUGAGAUUUCUAAUAACAUGUAUUACAAAUCUAUCGAUUCUUUGAACGCUAUCCUGUCCCCUCGGUACAGAUUUAUAGACAAGACCCACCAGUCCAAUUCCGUGAUGCAAAGUUCAUAGCUAAAAAGUUUUCUGUACCGUAUGGGAAUAACUCUUUAAGAUUUUCAAAUUUGAUCUUUCAAAUCUUUACUAUAAUUACAUUGCAAAGUGAUCCAAGUUGGUCUUUUUAGCCGUUGAUUAUGAAAAACGCGAUAUUCUCUUCUUGGACCAAGUGAUGGAAAUGUUUAUUCUAGUCAAUCUCAUGUGAUUGUCUUGUGUACCUUAUUACUAUAUAUAUUAUAUAUAAAAUGUUAUUCAUAUUAAUAAAAACAAAAUCAUAUUAUAUUAGUACGUAAAAGAUAACUCGCGUUAUCUGCCGAUACGUGCGAUUAGUACCGUAAAGGCGUUUUUAAAUUUUUCUAUCUUGAGAAAUAAAUUUUAAAUUUUUCGAAAUAUCAAUCUUGCAGAAAUUUUCAUACAAGAUACUCUUCUUUAUGGAAUAAUAAUUUUCUGCGAACUGUUUUUCGCAAUCGCGCCAAAUGUAUUUUGAUUACGCGUGUUCGCCAAUCUUGAAUCUCUGAAUCACCAAAAGAGGAUUCUUGUUUAUUUAUUUUUAUUUCGCGGCAAAAUUUCUCUCUUUAUGGCAGAUAAGGUGUUGAUAUCUCUUAACUAUACUUGUUCCCAAAAUCUUGUUGAGGUUUAAGAUUCGAUUCUUCUUAUACUGAUACAAGCAAUAUAUAUACAUAUAUAUUAUUAUUAUUAUUGACUUUGUUAAAAGCAUUACGCGAACGUAUACUUGUUCGCACACAUUGUGAAUUUUUUUAGCGUUGCGAAUGCGAAAUGCGCUUUUUGCGUGUUUACCGAGAUUUAGCGUUAUUAUAUAGUGUGUACAUACAAAUAUGCACUUUUAUUAACGCAUGUACACUCGUGCAUACCUGAAACAA